GAGCAGUACGGCGCGGGCAUGGGCCGCUCGUACGCGCCCUACCACCACCAGCCCGCGGCGCCCAAGGACCUGGUGAAGCCGCCCUACAGCUACAUCGCACUCAUCACCAUGGCGAUCCAGAACGCGCCCGACAAGAAGAUCACGCUGAACGGCAUCUACCAGUUCAUCAUGGACCGCUUCCCCUUCUACCGCGAGAACAAGCAGGGCUGGCAGAACAGCAUCCGCCACAACCUCUCGCUCAACGAGUGCUUCGUCAAGGUGCCGCGCGACGACAAGAAGCCGGGCAAGGGCAGCUACUGGACGCUGGACCCGGACUCCUACAACAUGUUCGAGAACGGCAGCUUCCUGCGGCGCCGCCGGCGCUUCAAGAAGAAGGACGUGCCCAAGGAGAAGGAGGAGCGCGCCCACUAUCUCAACCACGGCGGGGACCUGAACGCCCUCCCCGGCCACACGUUCGCGGCCCAGCAGCAGACGUUCCCCAACGUCCGGGAGAUGUUCAGCUCGCACCGGCUGGGCCUCGAGAACUCGGCGCUCGGGGAGUCGCAGGUGAGCGCCAACGCCAGCUGCCAGCUGCCCUACCGGUCCACGCCGUCGCUCUACCGCCACGCCGCCCCCUACUCCUACGACUGCACCAAGUACUGA